AUGCUGCGAGCAACUGUCACUGGAGCAUUGGCACUGACCUACGCGAGCAGUGAGACAUGCUUCCUGCGCUUGGAGAAACCUCUGGAGGAGCCACCCUUCAGCCAGGCUGAUGAGGACGGGCUCUUGACCCACUUUGGGAACAACAUCAAUUUGAACGGCACUGGUGCCGUCAUCGCCUCCCCCGGCGCUUGCCCGGCCUUGGUGGAAUGCUGCAACAUCAUGGACAAGCAGCCCUAUGGCUUCCACUGGACCCGCGAUGCCUCGCUGAGUUUGCUGACCUACUUGGAGCACUCCAAGCAGUUUUUGGAGGUUGAGGAAGGAGAGGCCUCCCUCCUCCAGACACACCGUGGAAAGAAGCAGAACACCAUGCGCGAUGAGAUCGAGCACAGCAUCGAUGCCUUCGCUGGUUGGGUGGAGGGCGUGCACGCCCGUAAGAUGGCCGCGAACAACAUGGGUGGCUCCACCAGCGCUGCCGAGGAGGCCUAUUUGGAGCCCAAGUGGACCUUCGAUGGCGAGCCUUAUAAGGGUGGCUGGUGCCGUCCACAGACCGAUGGACCUCCUUUGCGCGCUCGCCUUCUGAUGAAAGCCGCAAAGGUCUUCCCGAACUUGAAGGAGAGGCUUUGGCCAUUGGCCAAGAAAGACCUGGAUUGGCUCGUGGACAACUUUGCCAUGAACAGCUGUGACUUGUGGGAGGAGACUCGGGAUGAUGACUUCGUGUGGAACCGCGUGGUGCAGCUCAGCGCCUUGGCGGAGGGCGCGGACUUCACCGAGAAUCCCAACGACAAGCAGAGGUACUUGGACGCCAUCCAGCAGAAGGGUGAGCCCUUGGCAAACCACAUUGCCGGCGAGUCAGGUGAGGAAUACAUCACCAACUGCCCGGCCUCCAACAUGGGCGAGGACUGCGUCAGGUAUGACAAGCAGUUGGAUGGUGUCCUGAUCUUGACCUUGAUCCACGGACACCCCAUGGUGGCCACGGAUGCUGUGAAGCUCCCCAGCUUCUUGGAUGCGAAAGUGGCCAACACCGUGAAGCAGCUGUGCUUGGUGUUCUGCAAGAGCUAUCCCAUCAACACACAGGACACCGACGCCAAGGUGCCGGGCGUGCUGCUGGGCCGCUACGAACUGGAUCACUUUGGCCACCAGAGCCAAGGAAACCCUUGGGUCCUGAUCACCGCGUCCUUGGCGAACCUCCUCUACAAGGCGGCAGCUGAAGUGAGCCAAGGCGGAAAGGCAGACCCAGCUUGGGCGAAUGUCUUCCAGAACUCCAAAGGGGACUGGUGGCACUCAGGCUGGACUGGCUCCGCCAAGGACUUCAUCGCCGCCGGCGACGGAGUGCUCAAGCGCUUGCGUCAUCACAUGAAAGACGGCAUGCACCUCUAUGAGCAGAUCGACAAGCACUCCGGCGAACAGUGGAAUGCCAAGGACCUCACCUGGAGCUAUGCUGAGGUCUUGGGUGCUAUGCAGUCCCGGCGCAAGGCAUUGAAGCUUUGCGGAGGAACUUCCGGCUCGUUCACGUCCUUGGAAGACACCGACGUGGUGCGGCGCUUCGUGAAGCUUUUGGAUCUCCUCUACGAUCGGCGCAUCAAAGUGGUGCUUUCAAGCGCAGUGCCAUUGGAAGAACUCUUUGAUGCCAUCCGCGACGAGGUGAAGGGUGACAUGAGUGAUCUGGCAUGGAGAACCGCCCAAUAUUCGGCCGAUGGCAAGGCCGGCCUGUCGCCGCAAGCCGUCGGCACUCUUUGCGAGGCCAUCCGUGCCAGCGAGCGUGCAGAGUCCCGCCUGAGGGAGAUGCGAACCAGGCAGUACUGGCAGAGCUGCGAGUGA